GCCAAGCCGGCGGUACCCGAACCGAGCGGGCGGGCACGGGAGAGCUCCGUGUCGCCUCGCGUCACCUCGCGUCACCCCGCGUCACCCCGCUCCGCCUGCUUCCCAGAGCCCGGCGCCCCGCCCCGCGCGCAGGCGCAGGGCCGCUUUUCGGGUCCGCCCUUUCCCGAGAUUUGAAUUUUCCCCAGCAAAGAUAGAGAGGCAAAUACCCGGAUGGUGAUCGCUGGCCUUUUCGCGCCAAUACUGGCCUAAAUUGCAGGAGGGGAGGUGGACGCUGUGCCUCGAAGAUAAACGGGGCUGAGUGGUCUCCACCCGUAAGAACUUAUUUAAUCCACACGAGGACUGUGCGGGGAGGUACUGGCAGCACCACCAUUCUGCACAGGAAGCAGGCAGAGCGCCCUUCCCCUUCUGGCCCGUCAGCAGGACCGCCGCCGGCCCGGCUGGGAGGCCAAGGAGCGCUGCUUGGCGGAAGCUGUGUGUGUGAAUUCUGAACCAACAGCGAGUCGUGCCCGCGGUUCUGCAUGCAGCCCGAGUCCACGCAGGCGCUGUGCCACGUGGCUGUGGCCAGCUGCCUCUGCAUGGCCGUCGUCUGCGCAGGGGUGUUCGACGGCGUCUCCGUUCAAGUGGGCUACGAACACUACGCUGAAGCCCCGGUAGCCAGCCUCCCCGUCUUUCUUGCCAUGCCCUUCAACUCGCUCAUUAACGUGGCCUACGUGCUCCUGGGCACGUACUGGCUGCGGAGACGGGCCAGCGGCCCGGGGCACCCCGAGGCCCUGCGCAGGGCGCGCUACCUCAAGGAUGUGUUUGCCGCCAUGGCCCUGGUCUACGGCCCGGUGCAGUGGCUGCGGAUCGCCACGCAGGUGCACCCCGCCGCCGUGCUCGACCAGUGGCUCACCUUGCCCAUCUUUGCGUGGCCCAUAGCCUGGUGCCUGUCGCUGGACAGGGGUUGGCGGCCCUGCCUGUUCCUGGCCAUCGAGUGCCUCUCCCUCGGCAGUUAUGGCCUGGCCCGGCUGCACCCCCGCGGCUUCGAGGCGGCGCUGGGCGUGCACAUCGCGGCCGUCGUGGGCCAGGCUCUGCACGCCCACAGGCGCCACGGUGGCCCCUCGUCCGGAAGGUACCUGGCGCUGGGCGUGCUUUCCUGCUCGGGCUUCGUGGUCCUCAAGCUGUGUGACCACCAGCUGGCACAGUGGCGUCUCUUCCAGAGGCUCACGGGCCACUUCUGGUCCAAAGUGUGUGAUGUGCUCCAGUUCCACUGUGCCUUCUUGUUUCUGACCGACUUGAGCACCCGGCAAACACCUCCUCGUGCCAGGAAGACGCAUUAAAGCGCAGAAAAGACGCCGCUUCCGACGGCUGGUGGCCGUGGCGUCGCCAGUGUGAAAUCUGCCACGUGUGAUAAGAUAUGAGUGUCACGCAGCGGGCCGUCCUUCCUUUGCAGCUUCGGGCUUCACUAUUUAGGGGUGAAAUGUCACGCUGUCUGCAACUUAGUCUCAAAGCGAUAAAGCAAACAUCUAAGUGCAGGGGAUGCAGGGAUUCACUGUCCUGUUCUUGUAACUUUG